AGUUAUUGGUAUAAAUCUGACCAGAAGCAUUUAUUCAAUAGUCUCUACAAACACAUAAAAUAAAUAAUCCCCAAUAUAUAACUAAGGUAGCAGCUUGAUACUUUUCUUUGUACCUACAUCUUUCCUAAUGAAAACUAUUAGUGCUUCCUUUCCUCCUCCCUUUUCCCUCCUUCCAGUUGCCAAUUUAUGGUCAGAUUUGAAGGUGCUGGGAUGCUUUAUUUUAGUCAGGUCAUAUUUUCUUAGCUUAAGUGAAUUAUGCUAAAUUUAUUUUGAGUUGGUGAAUAAUGUCUCCAUUUAUGCCUUUUUGAUAUUAGAACUUAAUAAAAAGUAUUAACCAGGGUAUAAAACAUCUCAUUUUCUGGUAACAUUUUAGGAGGGAGGAAGAAACAGGCAGAGAGAAAGAGAGAGAGCGUGAGAGAAAUAUUGGAGAUAGUUAUGUUUCUGAAUUACAUACAGAAGAAAAUUAAAAGUCUUGGAAUACCAUUUUUAGUUCUUGAGACAAUUAUAAUUUAUAAUUUAAACUCUUUGACACUAGUGGCAUUUUCUACCCUCAGUAAGGCAGUUAAAUGGCAAAGCAGUUAAGUGUAGGCUUGGGAGUUUAAACUAGUUAUUAAUAGUUGAUCCAAGAUUAUGGAUAUUUAUGAUUGAUGGUAGCACUGGAAAUAAACGUAAAACUGAUUUACUCUCCAAUUCCAUGCUUUCUUCUCUGCACAUAUAUUAUAAGACGGUUUCCAAUGGUUAGAACAACAACAAUGAGAGGUUUUUGGUUUUUUUUUUUUUCCCUGAAUUUCUGUCUAAUGUUGUGUCCGUAUGAGGCGCUUUCAGGUUUGCGGCAUGUUCUGACAUCUUCACGUGGAAUGUUCCUAAUAUAUAAAAUUGAAUGAGGUGAUGAGUCCAGUGUGUGCAGGAAAGUACAUUUUAGAGAGGCACUCCCGGUCAAAUCCAUAAAAGAUGCUCCUGAGAGGCCUCGAUCUGGUUUCCACCUGUUUACCUGUGUUUCCAUUGCACGAACAUCAUUCUGGCACAAAAUUUUCCUUUAUUUUGAAUAUGCUCAAACUGUGAGCCAUGUGUGAGCAUAUUCAAAAUAAUACAUAUUUAUGAACAAAGUCUUUGGAAAUUUAAAGACAAUAAUAAAAUUACAGAGCUGUUAAAAACAAAAGCAGUAUUGUAAAUUUAUAGUCUGACUCAUGUCACAAUAAAAGUGGUUUCCUAGCAGUAACUGUUAUUCAGAAACCUCUUUGGUGCUCUAUUGUGAUUUUAUUCCAACCAAGGCAAAACAUGUCAUAGAGAACCAAUGCUUGGAUUUAAUGAUUGCUCCAGUAGAGUUUAUUUCUCAAAAGUAGCUGUGGCCUCAGUAAAUAUUGUUAACUACAUAUUGUUAAUCUAGUUCAUGCCUUCUGAGAUAUAAAACUGAGUGAUAAAAAUAAGAUGGUUCAUGUUUCUGUCUUAGGAAAAGAAAGCAAUUAGUAAACAGGGAUAUUGCCAAGAGUAGCAAAUGCUGUUGAAGAAAAAGUCUAGUGCUUAAUUUUCAGAAAUUUUUUUUUCUGUAAGGUUAUUCAGAUAUGUUAGCAGUUAUGGAACUGAAAAGCUUUUUAGUUAUUUCUAUUUACUGCCUUUUUUAGAAUACAUAGGAGCAAAAGCCCUUUUCCAUUAAUAAUCCUUCAUUAAUGUAAGAAUAAGAACUGUUGAAAUGAUGGCAGGUUAGUUUUUGCUCAUGUGCUUUAUUAGAAUAUCAUAUUAGAAUAAUACACCUUCCAGAGGCAUCUGCUUCUGCUUGAAUAGGCUUGAUGUUCCUAUCUGUCUGUAGCUGUCAGAAAAGUGAAAGCCAAAUGCUUAAAACGUAAUGUCUCAGAACGUAAAUAUCUCAGAAGUCCUUUGGUGGGUUUUACGGCUUUAUUUAGCAUGCUAACAAUUUCAGGUUGUUUCACUUUUGCAUUAAUGGUGGGCUUUCUAGGUGAACUGGCAUUUCAGGUGGGUAUUUAGUGGGCCUGGGUAUUGAGGUGGGACUGCAUGGCCUAUCUGCAGACAGGCAGCCCCUCGCCUGCCUGUUAAUGCCGCCGUACCUGCACCCUCCUCUAAGGAGUAACUGGAGCCGAGCAGCCAAGGGGCUUGCAUUCUUCCAAGUCAGUAGCCCGUGCUUACUUUUGGCAACUUCGGAACUGUUACUGCAGGGUUACUUCCCAGGCCAGAAAUUUGCAUCAAAGGGCUAAGAAAAAUACAUCCAAAAAUAAACAUGAAAGCCAAGACUUCAUGCCAGGAACUCCAGCCACACACAUCCUGUUGGCUGGUUCUCUUGUCUCUCUCCUCACAGUUCUGAUUCUUUUAAACCAAGCGGAAGCCUGCUCCGAUGACUUAGACCUGUGUCUGCACCAGGGUUUCGCUCCUGUGUCUUCAGGCUUUUCCAUGGAGUGACAAAAUGAUUCAAAUCCAGAAAGGAAGGGAGUGAAGUUAUUAGGAGCUAACUAAAGUUAAAAAAAUAAAAUAAAAAGGAAGUCUUUUCUUACUGCCUUUGACUGCCUGAGCAUUCCCGGAGAACCAUCAGCACCGAUUUCUUCUCUGUGGGCUGAGACUCAGUGGUAGAUCAGAACAGGGAAUUGACGGCGAUGAAGGUACAUUUUGCUGUCCAAAUAAAGGAUAGAUAUUCACUGGAUGUCUGAGAACUUUGAGAGACAGAAAAAGAAGGACGUAUGCUCUACAAGAAAUACCGACAGUAUAUGGCAGGACUUCUGGCUCCUCCUUAUGGUGUUAUGGAAACAGGCUCUAACAAUGACAGGAUUCCUGACAAGGAGAACACACCUCUCAUUGAACCUCACGUUCCUCUUCGUCCUGCUAACACCAUUACCAAGGUCCCUUCAGAGAAGAUCCUCAGGGCUGGAAAAAUUUUACGAAAUGCCAUUCUCUCUCGAGCACCUCACAUGAUAAGAGAUAGAAAAUACCAUCUAAAGACAUACAGACAAUGCUGUGUGGGCACCGAGCUGGUGGACUGGAUGAUGCAGCAGACUCCGUGUGUUCACUCCCGGACUCAAGCUGUCGGCAUGUGGCAAGUCCUGUUAGAAGAUGGUGUUCUUAACCAUGUGGACCAGGAGCACCAUUUCCAAGACAAAUAUUUAUUUUAUCGAUUUCUGGAUGAUGAGCACGAGGAUGCCCCUUUGCCUACUGAGGAGGAGAAGAAGGAGUGUGAUGAGGAGCUCCAGGACACCAUGCUGCUGCUGUCGCAGAUGGGCCCCGACGCCCACAUGAGGAUGAUCCUCCGCAAACCACCUGGCCAGAGGACGGUGGACGACCUGGAGAUCAUCUAUGAAGAGCUCCUUCAUAUCAAAGCUUUAUCCCAUCUGUCUACCACAGUGAAACGGGAGUUAGCAGGCGUUCUCAUUUUCGAGUCUCACGCCAAAGGAGGAACAGUGUUGUUUAACCAGGGGGAAGAAGGUACCUCUUGGUACAUUAUUCUAAAGGGAUCAGUGAAUGUAGUCAUUUACGGCAAGGGUGUGGUCUGCACCCUGCACGAAGGAGACGACUUUGGCAAGUUAGCGCUAGUGAAUGACGCCCCCCGAGCUGCCUCCAUCGUCUUGCGAGAAGAUAACUGCCAUUUCUUAAGAGUAGACAAGGAGGAUUUCAACCGGAUCCUGAGGGACGUUGAGGCGAAUACAGUCAGACUUAAAGAACAUGACCAAGACGUCUUGGUGCUGGAGAAGGUCCCAGCAGGGAACAGAGCUUCUAAUCAAGGAAACUCACAGCCUCAGCAAAAGUAUACUGUGAUGUCAGGAACACCUGAAAAAAUUUUAGAGCAUUUUCUAGAAACAAUACGCCUUGAGCCAGCUUUAAAUGAAGCAACAGAUUCUGUUUUAAAUGACUUCGUUAUGAUGCACUGUGUUUUUAUGCCAAAUACUCAGCUUUGCCCAGCCCUGAUGGCCCAUUACCACGCACAGCCUUCACAAGGUACCGAACAGGAGAAAAUGGAUUAUGCCCUCAAUAACAAGAGGCGAGUCAUCCGCCUGGUUCUGCAGUGGGCUGCCAUGUAUGGAGACCUCCUGCAGGAGGAUGAUGUGGCUAUGGCCUUCCUGGAGGAGUUUUAUGUGUCUGUAUCAGAUGAUGCCCGGAUGAUUGCUGCCCUCAAGGAGCAACUGCCUGAGUUGGAGAAGAUUGUCAAGCAAAUCUCAGAAGAUGCAAAGGCUCCACAAAAGAAGCACAAAGUUCUUUUGCAACAGUUCAACACCAGCGAUGAGAGAACCCAGAAGCGCCAGCCUAUCCGUGGCUCCGAUGAGGUGCUGUUCAAGGUCUACUGCAUAGACCACACCUACACAACCAUCCGGGUGCCGGUGUCCGCCUCGGUCAAGGAAGUCAUCAGCGCAGUUGCCGACAAGCUGGGCUCCGGAGAAGGCCUGAUUGUAGUCAAGAUGAGUUCCGGAGGAGAAAAGGUGGUGCUCAAACCUAAUGAUGUUUCGGUAUUUACGACGCUCACCAUUAACGGACGCCUGUUUGCUUGUCCACGAGAGCAAUUCGAUGCACUGACUCCCUUGCCAGAACAGGAAGGCCCAACUGUUGGAACAGUGGGAACUUUUGAACUGAUGAGCUCCAAAGAUUUAGCAUACCAGAUGACACUUUAUGAUUGGGAACUCUUCAACUGUGUGCAUGAGCUGGAGCUAAUCUAUCACACAUUUGGAAGGCAUAAUUUUAAAAAGACCACAGCAAACUUGGAUUUGUUCCUGAGGAGAUUUAAUGAAAUUCAGUUUUGGGUUGUCACUGAGAUUUGCCUUUGUUCCCAGCUCAGCAAGCGUGUUCAGCUAUUAAAAAAAUUUAUUAAGAUAGCAGCCCACUGUAAGGAGUACAAAAAUCUGAAUUCCUUUUUUGCCAUCGUCAUGGGACUAAGUAACGUUGCUGUGAGCCGCUUGGCACUAACGUGGGAGAAACUGCCAAGCAAGUUCAAGAAGUUCUAUGCAGAGUUUGAAAGUUUAAUGGAUCCUUCAAGAAACCACAGGGCCUACAGGCUGACAGUGGCUAAGCUGGAGCCUCCUCUCAUCCCCUUCAUGCCUUUGCUCAUUAAAGAUAUGACAUUUACUCAUGAGGGGAACAAGACGUUCAUUGACAAUCUAGUAAACUUUGAAAAAAUGCGUAUGAUUACAAAUACUGCCAGAACGGUGAGAUACUACAGGAGCCAACCCUUCAAUCCUGAUGCGGCUCAAGCUAAUAAGAAUCAUCAGGAUGUCCGGAGUUAUGUACGGCAAUUAAAUGUGAUUGACAACCAGAGAACUUUAUCACAGAUGUCACACAGAUUAGAGCCUCGUAGACCAUAGACAUUUAAAGCACCCAGAGCAAUGGUUUGUCUCCAGUCCAUAAUCUUUCAAAAAUGCCAUUUAUGCUACUACUGACUGUAUUGCCACCAGAGAAUUCUACAAAACAAGCAAAAACAUCCUGAGACACCUCAGGGCUGCAUUCAGCUUACCAGCUACAUGACAAGAGAAGGAAUUAUUUGACUUGCAUAAAGCUUACACACUCUAGCUUAGGAAUCCCCAGUCUGUAGUUACCCUAUUUCAUUUGCAAUUGUGCCAUCUUUUUUGCUGAAACAUUAAAUAAGGCCCACGUGAAGAGUUUGGUAGAAAUACCACUGUCAAGAGAACCAUCGAGCCCCUGACCAUUUUUUUCUGAAAAAUGCUUAAAGGGUAUGUUCUACAAAUGAAAUUGAUUUGGAUACAUUGGUGGUGAUAUAGUUUCAUAGUUUUUAACUCAACAUCUUGAUUUGGAGCAUGAGGUUUGAAGAAGAUGUUAAGGAAUCUAUGUAAGUCCAAAUUAUAGGUUGUAUUCUUCUAUCUUCAUAGUCUUACCUCUGAAGGAAUAGAACCUGACCACAUUACUGUAAAACGUUAUGGCUAUUUAUGUGAUUUAGGGGGGACUGGUCUGUAAUUUCUGAAUGAUAUAUAGAAUUAUAUUUAUGUUUACAAUGUAACUUUUAAAAAUUUACAAAUCAGGAUUACAUACAUAAGAAUUCCACUAAGAAACACCAAGGUUCUUAAAAUUGCCAGCGCUAAAAUGGAAAAUAACAUUUCAGAAGAGCACAAUAUACACAAAAGAUUUUUCAAAAUUGAAUUAUUUUCCUGGGCAUUAAAAACCUUUCCUAUUGGCUACAAAUGUAUUGUUACUGAUGAAAAAAAAAUAUUUUCUGGACUUAAAUGUUACUACAAAUUUCUUAAUUUGUAAACAAUUGUUUUGCACUUUCAAAUAGAUUGUAAAUAGUUCAUUCAAUCAAUAGUACAGAGUUAUUUAUUUGCUACAUAAUAGAUAUUGUGCCAAAAAUUACUUUUUAUUUAUUUUAUUUAGUAUGUAAUUUUGGAGUACAUUUUUUUCCUGUUUUCACAAUUAGACUACAUUUAAUGUGUAGGAAUUGUAUGUAUGUAUAUCUUCUGUAAAUAACAUCUAUUAUCUUCAUUAAAUAUAAUUGUUGACAAGA